ACACUUCUUCACUACCCUUUAACUCUACAUCUUCUAUACCCAAAAACAGAACCCGAAUUGGGAAGUCAUGUGACGUUAACUAUGGGAAACCCUGGUCAAGCCACUGCUUCUUUAGUAAAGGUCAGCGGGCUUUCCAACCUUUAAUUGAUGAAUCAUUUGAUGUGAAAAAAAUUGAUAGUGUUUUGUUACAGUUAUUUGAGUCUUAUCGGGAAAACCCAGAUGUAACGAUUAAUACUUUGAGUUUUGAUAUGUUGGGUAUUGUUAAGGGUUUAGGGUUUGACAAGAAAUGUGACUUGGCGUUGAGUGUGUUUGAGUGGUUUAGGAGUCGUAAAGAUUGUGAGUUAGUCUUGAAUGGUCGUGUUAUAGCUGUAAUUAUUAGUAUGUUAGGGAAAAAAGGUAAAGUUUCGACUGUGGCUUCAUUGUAGAAUAGUUUGCAUAAAGAUGGGAUUGAUAUUGAUGUUUAUGCUUAUACUUCAUUGAUAAGUGCUUAUGCUAGCAAUGGGAUGUAUAGGGAGGCUGUGAUGAUGUUCAAAAAGAUAGAGGAGGAGGGGUGUAAACCUACUUUGAUAACUUACAAAGUGAUUUGAAUGUGUAUGGGGAAAUGGGUAUGCCCUGGAAUAAGAUUAUGACUCUAGUAGAAGGAAUGAAGAAUGCCGGAGUUGCCCCAGAUUCUGAUACUUAUAAUACGCUUAUAAGUUGUUGUCGGCAGGGUUCUUUGCAUGAAAAAGCAGCUUGGGUUUUUGAGGAAAUGAAAUUAGUAGGUUUUAGUCCAGAUAAGGUUACUUAUAAUGCCUUGUUGGAUGUUUAUGGGAGUUCUAGGUGACCUAAAGAAGCCAUGGAGGUAUUAAGGGAGAUGGAGGUUAAUGGUUGUUCACCCAGUAUUGUGACUCACAUUUCAUUGAUAUUAGCUUAUACCAAAGUUAGUUUGAUGGAAGAGGCAAUGGAGCUUAAAAACCACAUGGUGGAAAUAGGGAUUAAGCCUAAUGUUUUUACUUACACCACCCUCUUAUCUGGGUUUGAAAAAGUCGAGAAGGAUGAGUCCAUAAUGAAGGUUUUCAAGGAGAUGAGAAGUGCAGGGUGCAAGCCAGAUAUUUUUACUUUUAAUGCUUUGAUUAAGAUGCAUGGAAACAGGGGAAAGUUUGUUGAGAUGAUGAAGGUUUUUGAUGAGAUCAAGACAAGCAAUUCUAACCUCAACAUUGUUACAUGGAACACACUUCUGGCAGUAUUUGGGCAGAAGGGGAUGAACUCAAAAAUGUCAUAUGUGUUCGAGGAGAUGAAGAGGGUAGGGUUCAUUACUGAGAGGGACACCUUCAACACCCUAAUUGGUGCAUGCAGUCGUUGUGGUUCUUUUGAUCAAGCCAUGGCUAUUUAUAAGAGAAUGCUGGAAGCUGGGGUUACACUGGAUCUUUCCACCUACAAUAUUGUUUUGGCAGCAUUGGCUCGGGGAGGGAUGUGGGAAUAGUCUAAGAAAAUGCUUGCUAAAACGAAGGAUGGUUGGUGUAAACCCAAUGAGCUGACAUACUGUUUUUUGCUUCAUGCUUAUGCCAAUGGCAAAGAGAUUGAACAGAUGCUUACUCUUGCAGAAGAGAUAUUCUCUAGUCUAAUUGAACCUCAUGUUGUGCUCUUAAAGACCCUUGUUUUUGUUAACAGUAAACAUGACCUCCUUAUAGAAACAGAGCAUGCCCUCUUUGAGUUGGAGAAAAAAGGAUUUUCCCUUGACAUAACCACUUUAAAUGCCAUGAUUUCGAUUUAUGGCAGGAGGUAGAUGGUACCAAAACAAAUGAGAUCUUGAACUUCAUGAAUGAGAGUGGGUCCACUCCUAGCUUGACAACCUACAAUAGCUUGAUGUAUAUGUUCUGAAAAUUUUGAGAAGUCCUAAGAGAUGUUAAGGGAAAUUUCGGAGAAAGGAUUGAAACCUGAUAUAAUAUCAUAUAAUACUGUCAUUUAUGCCUAUUUUAGAAAUGGUAGGAUGAAAGAGGCUUUAAGGAUAUUUUUGAAAAUGAGAGAUUCUGGCCUUGUUCCAAAUGUAAUCACCUACAAUACCUUCAUUUCAAGUUAUGCAGCUAAUUCAUCGUUUGUGAAGGCUAUUGAUAUGGUUCGAUAAAUGAUCAAGCAAGGAUGUAAACCAAACCAGGACACAUGUAAUUAUUUGCACUCGAUUAUGUUGUUUUCCCUGGAGCCAUAUUGUUGGUCUAUAUAUAUGGCCAAUCGAGAACCUUGUAUAGACGAGAUAAAAGAUGAAGAGGAG